AUGGUCAUUGUCAUUAUUGUGGUGUGCUUAAAAUUCUCUAAGUUUGAAAGCAAGUGGUAUUUGGAUAGUGGAUGUUUAAGACACAUGACUGGAAAUGCCAACCUUUUCCUUUCACUUGAAAAGAAAGAUGGAGGUGGAAUGUGUGAUAACAAACUAAUGUUUGUUGGUGAAAGAGUAGAAAAUAUUUAUGUUAUUGACUUGCAUGCCUUGUCUAACAAAGAUAUUAAGUGUUUUAUUUCUAUUAGUGAUAACUCUAGGACUUGGCAUAGAAAGCUUGCACAUGCUAGCAUGGAGCUUCUUAUGAACUUAAAUAAGGAUGAGCUAGUUGAUAGGCUUCCAAAGAUUAAAUUUCAAAAGGAUAAGGUGUGCAAUGCAUGGUAUACUUGGGUUGCAUUCCUAGCUCAUAAGGAUGAAUGUUUUGAUAUUUUUGAGAGAAAAGGUAAUCUUGAUGAGUUGACUUUUGGAGUUCCUCAAUCUAGUGAAACUCAAGAUCAACUCAAGGAUGAUCCCUUAAAGGAUUCAGGAGAUAAUGAAAUUGAGCUUCAAGAGCAACAAGGUCAACUAGUUCCUCAUUAA